AUGCACGAUAUACAAACCCCUGAUAUAGCGUCCGUCGAAAGAACUUUCCAAGGACUUGAACUUAAAGCGGAACAGCGCGAUAACGGUAUAUUCGCUGCUAUAGUUAAGGCCCUACUAUCAAACAGCAAUCAAUGGAUGAGAGCUCCAGACAUUGUCGAUCGCAUUCGAGAAUGGAAACUUACUACCAAUGACGGUCAACUUAGCGGGAAAACUCCUACAUCCACUAUUCAAGGCACUAUCUCUACAGCGUUGAAACUUGCGAAGUCAAGAGGUUGUGAAGAACCGAUUGAAAAACAUCAAAUUAAGAAUUUAACAUACUACCGACUUUCCUUGCAUUUAUUUACGGAUUCACGAAUUCGAGACUCGAUGAACACUAUACCUCCAACCCCUCCUCCUGAUCCUCCUCGUUUAGCAAAAGAUAAGAAACGAUCUCCCACGAAACCAACUCGUUCUACAGCAUCAAGUCGGGGUACGACGAAAAGAACCACCAUUGAUUCCGAUGUUAAUAUUAUAACAACGAAAAAAAUAAAGAUUAGCCACAAUACGUCUCCUCCUAUAAAUUUGACGGAUAAUGAACAUAAUGAACAUGAUUCUCAAUUUUUAAUAGAGCCAAGUGUUAAAAAAAAGAGUACAAAAUACCAACCUUCUGAAGAUUACGGCACUCCGGAAAGCGUAAUAGAAGAACCAAUGACUAAUGAGAUCGAUAUCAUCGAUUCAUCCACCACCACCACAACUACCUCCUCUUCUUCUUCCUCCUCCUCCUCCUCACCACCAUCACCACCGUCAUCACUCAUGAUAACAAAGGGACCUAUAGACUUCGAUAUAAAUACCAUUAAUGGACCAAAAUCGUUUGCAAUUAUUCAAGAAACAGGUUACUCUUAUUCUCGACUUAGUCGACUUAGACGCAGUGAAAAUAGAUAUCCAAAAUCAAAAUGCGAAGAUGCAUUUUGCGUAAAAGAUCUAAGGCGAACGGAUGGUUCCUUCAUGGCCCGAUUAUUUUGCUUGGCGGAUGGGCACGGAGGUUCUGGAUGCUCGGAAUUUUUAAUUUCAAGAGUGCCAAAUCGUAUCCAAGAACUGCUACAGGAUCAUCCAGCAAAUUUUGACAACAAAGAUGAUCAACAAUGGUUUAGAGAACAAAUGGAACAUCUCGUUAGGAAAUUGGACGACGAAUACAUUGAGGCUAAACGUGUAGAAUUUCGUCGCUGGAAAUCUCGAAGAGAAAAACAAAGCGAUUCUAAUUCAAUACCAUUCGUAGAUGGAAGAUCUACUUUUAUUCUAAAUGAUACUGAUUCAAUGCCACCCGUAGAUGACGGAUCAACUGUCAUUAUUAAUAUAUUUAUUAAUGAUUGGUUAAUCAAUGUUAAUGUUGGUGAUUCACGAACCUUUCUUGCAUGCCGAGGAAAAAACAAUAAAUGGUCAGUAGAAUUUGCAAGCGAAGAUCAUAAACCUUACCUUGAACGUCUUGCCUUGAAAAUAUAUUCAAAUGGUGGCAUAUUUGUUGAUAGUAAUGAUGAUCCAAUUAAGUUUGAUCCUACUCCUAGACAACGUCGCACUCGACCAAGUUUAAAGAACGCACGUAUUAGACUUCAAGGCCAAGAUAGUGAAAAUGAAGAUGGUGUUCCCUACAUAAAUGAAACCGGAAAAUAUUGGUCGAUUAAUGUAGCUGCAACCUGCGGUGAUUUACUCUUCAAAUUAAAUCGAUCUAGACGAGUGAUUGAUUGUAUUCCGGACGUUACUUUUAGAAAAUUGGGUAAAUUUGCCGAAUGUGGUGGAGAUAGAUUCUUAUUGAUAAGCAGUGAUGGGCUUUUUGACCAUUUAAAAGAGUCAAGAAUAGAUGAACAGAACAAUGAAGUCGCUAAAUUUAUUGGUGGCUUAUUGGACAAUGGAGAAUCUGUCAUGAACGUUGUUAAAAAAAUAGGUAGUCGGGAGAAAUAUACUACGUUAUUUAAGGAUUUUAGUCAAGUAUAUGACGACAUUACUUGCAUUUUAAUUUCUUUGUAA